AUGCUCUCCGCCCGCGCCGUCGGUCUUGGUCCCGCCCUCAGGCAGGCGGCUCUCAGGCCCAGAAAUGUCGCCCUCCGCAACGUUGUUGCCCGCCGCACCAUCCAGACCGAGUCCCUUCCCCCCUCCGCUGCCCAGGAGAUCCUGAACAAGCAACGCCUCCUCCGCCCAUCGAGCCCCCAUUUCACCAUCUACCAGCCCCAGCUCACAUGGGUCGCGUCCAUCGUCAACCGAGGGACCGGCGUCGGUCUCAGCGUCCUAUUGUACGGCUUCUCGCUCGCCUACCUCGUCGCGCCCGGCACCUUCGACUCCGCGCACGUCAUCGAGUUUGUCGGCAGCAUGCCCGAGGCCGUCAAGAUCGCGGGCAAGACGAUCCUCGCUGCGCCCUUCGCAUUCCACUCCCUGAACGGUAUCAGGCACUUGGCGUGGGACAUGAACAAGUUCAUGACAGUCAAGGGCGCGUACUCGACCGGGUACGCCGUUCUUGCGGGCACUGCGGUCUCCACUGUCGCGCUGGUCAUGAUGUGA